AUGGCGUCUCUUCAGGUGAAGUGGCCGGAGGUCUCCGGCACCAAACAAAAGGCUCUCGACGAUGCCUUGAAAAUGCAGAAGAGGGUUAUUGAGCAGUGCAACAAGUCCGGAAAAGAGGUCCCCAAGUACCAGCUCUCGGAGCUCAUCGGCAAGGGGAGCUUUGGCCGUGUCUACAAGGCCACCUCACUGACCACCAAGCAGCUGGUCGCUGUCAAAAUUAUUGACAUCGACCAGAGCGACACUGCGGACCCCAGGAUGGCCGAUACCUACAGCGACCUGCUCAAGGAGAUCAACGCCCUGCAGAUGCUGAGCGACACGGGUGCCAAAAACAUCAAUCAUGUUAUCGAGGCUCUCCCCGUUGGCCAGUCCAUGUGGAUGAUCACAGAGUACUGCGCGGGGGGGAGUGUGGCGACUCUCAUGAAGCCAACGGCGCCCGGUGGCCUGCAGGAGAAAUGGAUCAUUCCUAUCUUGCGCGAAGCAGCAGAGGCCAUCUCCUGGGUUCAUGCUCAAGGAAUCAUUCACCGUGAUCUCAAGUGCGCCAACGUCCUGGUUACCGAGGUCGGAGACGUCCAGCUUUGCGAUUUCGGUGUUGCCGGUGUCAUCGAGACCAAGUUCGACAAGAGAACUACUGUCAUUGGCACGCCGCAUUGGAUGGCACCAGAGCUUUUCGAUCCUUCCGCCUCCUACGGCACUGAGGUUGACAUCUGGGCUUUUGGUGCUAUGGUGUUCGAGAUUGCUUCGGGGUUACCGCCGAAUGUGGCUGCUGGUAUGGAUUUCACAAAACUCGGAACCUAUGUCAAGCAAAAUACACCCCGCUUGGAUGGUGAUAAAUAUUCUUCUGGCCUAAAGGACCUCAUUGGCUACUGCCUGCAACACGAUCCGGCCAAGAGACCCAGUAUUACUCAGAUUCAGCGCCACGGAUACUUGUUCAAGACCGAGGAUACCUACCCAACAGAAUCAUUGGCUCAUCUCGUGAGAGCCUUUAAACUUUGGGAGGGACAAGGAGGUGACCGACGGUCAUUGUUCAACCUGGGAGGUGCGCAGGCACCAGCAGACCUCGCAGCAGCAGUGAUGGCUGAUGACGAAUGGAAUUUCAGCACAACAGCUGCCUUUGAUCAGCAAGUAUUCAACAAUGGCGAUGCACAGGAUGUGUACGAUGUGUACGGAUCCAACGUGGAUUUUGUCCAAGAGAAGUAUGAGGAAACAGCUCGCCCCCAGAAACCCAAAGGUCGUCGGAGACCUCCUCCUUAUCUGCCGUCCGUCAAGGCUCCCCUGGAGAAAUUGUUUGAUCCAAACACCAUGUCCAAUUAUGAAGACAAUUCGAGGGCAUACUAUGGCCGUCCCUUUCCCAUCCCUGCCCCACCUGCUGCGCCGAAUGCUUCCGAUCUACCACUUCGUGAUGACUCUCUCCCUUCAUCUGAUGUGAGGGAGUCACUCAUUGACUUGGAUAUAGGCAGGAAGUCGCUUAUUGACCUGGAUGCCUCGUUGCACGGCAGCGAGCUUUCGGACUUUGUUGACUUGAACACUCUCAAGGCUGGGGAUUCUAGAUUCCCAGUCGACUUCGACAUGGGAGACCCGGAGCCUUUUGAUAACGGACCUCUGAGUGAUCCUGGCGACAUAAAGGGAAACCGUAGGACACAGGACUGGAAGUUCCCCUCCCUGACACCGGGUCCUGCUCCUCCAGAUCCGCAAGCAUUCCGAUUUCCUGCCAUGCCCGAGGAGGCAGAGCCAGCACCCAGCCCAGUCACCAGUCGCCCCCCUCUUAUUCAUCGGCCUACGGAGCCGCUACCUCCCUCUUCACAAUAUAACGAUCUCGCCCCGACGCCUUCGGCUGAUAACCGGGCGUCUACAGGGAGUCUUAUUGACCUUGACCUGAGCAUGCCCGACACACCCAUGGAUUAUUCACGUCCAUCCACCUCUCACUCAGAUGCAAAUUCCGUGGGCAGUUCUGAUUUCGGUAGCACCAACCCGUUCGAGCUUGAAAGACACACAUCCUUUUAUGCGAUGCCAGCUACGUACCGCGAGCCAUCCAUCUAUGUUUCGGAUGAAUCUGAGUUUUCAAACAUGCAGCAUGAUGUGAUGGCAAACGGCGUCAACCAUGCUGCUCAGUCCAACGGCCAUUCCCCUAGUCUAUCUAAUGACCUUGCACGCCCUUACUCCUUGAGUGACUUUGCCGAUAUGGACCCUGAAUACCCUGACGACGACCCAACCCCACAGCCUACGACUUCCGCGAAUACUGCACAAUUUCCAUUUGUGUCUCCACACGAGAAUGGCUAUCAUGAUGACGAGCCGGGUUCGGUAAUUCGCCAUCCAUCACCUUCUCGUGGAAAUGGAGUCUCUUUCCUACCCCCGUUACCGCUGGCGCCCUUGCCUCAAGUCAUGGAGGGUCAAGCCUCCCAUGAAGAAGUGAAGGAAGAGCUUCGCAGAAUGGCCAUGUCUUUGGGUGCCCACCUCAGCCACGCUGAUGCCUAUCUCUCGGGAUUGCAGGUUCGACGCGCAAGUUCGACCAGAGCUGAGACUCCUGAUCUCGUAACCCCUUCAUGA